AAUGAGCCAUCGCUGCUCCGCUGCCUCCGCGGAUGGAUGCGUGCACGGGAUAUAACGGGACAGAGAGGGCCACUCUGUUAUGGAGGAAUAAGCGACUGAAAACACCAAACAGCUGCUCUUUUGCUUCAUGUCGAACGGGUUUUACAGAGGGGCAGUAUUGACUAUCAUUUAACCUCUCGUUUGAAUCGAUUUUUCAUUGUAGCGCCGUUCUUCUUGCUGCGCCUAUGGGCUCGGCGGGCGCAUCUCUGGCUCAGCGACGCACGUAGGGCCAGCUCCGGACCGCCUUUAGCUCCUCUUUUUCUGCUGCUGCGACGUUGGGAAAACGUGAUCGAGAGGCGGACAACGGCGUGCUUAUCAUGGAUUAAUGCUCGAGUGAAUUUUCACGUGAAAGGUUCCCGAUGUUGAACAUGUCCACGCCCAAUGAGCUGAAGUCUCCCUGCGUGACUCGCAAUGGAAUGGUGAAGUUGCCGCCGAGCCAGCCCAAUGGUCUGGGCAGUGCAAGUAUCACCAAGGGGACGCCUGCUGCUAAGAACCGCCUUUGCCAGUCCUCCUCAGUCCCCUCUAUCCUGUCUCCUCCUUCCUCCCUUUCCUACCAUCAUCAUCACCACCACCAUCUGGAUGGCACUGGCAUGCCUCACACUGCAGCCCCUCUCUUGGCUUCUGACCUGGAGCCUGGAAAACCUCUGGUGGGCCUGAAGCCGUCUCUUCGUCAGCUUCCCCCUCUCACUCUGCCCAAACCCCUGCUGCUGGAGCGUCAGCUUGUCCUCGAUGAGAAGCUUCUCAGCCGAUUAUUCUGGUAUUUCACCACAGUUGAAAAAUGUGUGCUGGCACAAGUAUGCAAAGCAUGGCGCAAAGUGCUGUACCAGCCGAAGUUCUGGGAGAGUGUGACUCCCAUCUUGCACGCCAAGGAGCUAUAUACCCUACUGCCCAGUGGGGAUAAGGAGUUUAUCAGUCUCCAGGCCUUCGCUCUGCGAGGCUUCCAGUCUUUCUGCUUAGUAGGUGUGUCAGACCUUGACAUUUGUGAGUUCAUUGACAACUACCCGCUGUCCAAAAAGGGCGUCCGGUCAGUCAGCCUCAAGAGAUCUACCAUCACAGAUGCUGGCUUGGAGGUCAUGCUGGAGCAAAUGCAAGGUCUGAUGCACCUGGAACUGUCCGGCUGCAAUGACUUCACAGAAGCGGGUCUGUGGUCCAGUCUCAACGCACGACUAACUUCUCUUAGCGUCAGUGACUGCAUCAAUGUGGCAGAUGAUGCCAUCGCUGCUAUCUCACAGCUCCUGCCAAACCUGUCAGAGUUGAGCCUUCAGGCCUACCACGUCACUGACACGGCCAUGGCAUACUUCACAGCCAAACAGGGCUACACCACCCACACUCUCCGGCUCCACUCCUGCUGGGAGAUCACCAAUCACGGCGUGGUAAACAUGGUUCACAGCCUCCCCAACCUGACUGCUCUCAGCCUCUCUGGCUGCUCCAAGAUCACAGAUGACGGUGUGGAGCUGGUUGCUGAGAAUUUACGGAAAUUACGAAGCCUGGAUUUGUCCUGGUGUCCUCGGAUAACUGACAUGGCCUUGGAGUACAUCGCCUGUGAUCUGCAUAAGCUGGAGGAGCUGGUAUUGGACAGGUGUGUGCGGAUCACAGACACAGGGUUGGGCUACUUGUCCACAAUGUCGUCACUAAGAAGCCUUUAUCUGCGCUGGUGCUGUCAGGUUCAGGAUUUUGGACUGCAGCAUUUGUUUGGAAUGAGAAGUCUCCGUCUCCUCUCCCUCGCAGGGUGUCCACUGCUGACAACCACGGGCCUGUCCGGCCUCAUCCAGCUGCACGAGCUGGAGGAGCUGGAGCUGACCAACUGUCCCGGAGCCACGGCCGAGCUCUUCAAGUACUACUCCCAGCACCUGCCCCACUGCAUGGUCAUCGAAUAGACCGCCACGCCCCCACCGACAUGCUCCACGACACUCGUCCUCCUAACCCGCUGUCACUCUUUUCUUAAAUUCUACCCAGGUUAUUGAAUUGUUCCAACACUGUUGCAUCACCUGACCCCAUAGACUAACUGUCUUCCUCCACAGCCCCCUGAAUAGGACAGCCCUCAGGCAGACAGAGGCCAGAAGGCAGAUGAUGGCACAUGCCAACCCCAGAGGAUCAUGGGAUGACGUCUGAGCUUAAUUUAAGAGGAUGCAGAGGUGAAGAGUUUGGCGUGACAUCUUUUCUUACAGCAAGUUUAAUUUUCAAAAUCAACAAUGGGUUUUCACCAACAGAAGAGAGACUCUUUAAAGACUUUGAUGUAUUUUUUGACGGAGAGGAUUUAGAAGGGAGAGGUGUGCAGAUCCAGGUGCAGCAUAGGCGAAACAGGAAGCGUUAGGAUGAUGAUUUCUGUAUUUUAGCUGUUGUUAAUUAACUGCACUUGUGCUCAUAAAGAUACUUUGUGUGGAAAGUGAAGCAAAUCUAACCUGAGAGCAUGAGUAGUGACACUUGGGACUCCCUUCCAUUAUACUGUGUAAUAUAACUGCUGUGUCAUGGUUUCUCUCGACGUGUCAAUGGUGGAGUUUUCUCUUUUUAGAGGGAAACACCAUGUGCCAGGAUUCAGCUGGAAUCAGACAGAACUAAAGAUGCUGUAGAUGCAGUUCAAGGGAUGAAUGACAGGGAUGGAAAAGCUCUCUUUUUUUCUCCUUUCUUCUGUGUGUGUGAAGUAAACUUCAUGGACUCAUAUUUUUGGAAUACCGCCACUUUUUCCCACCUUCACCGCCUUUUUUGUGUCUUAUCCGACAAAAAAAGACAGAUAAAGAAGCAGGAGAAGGAAACCUAAACAAGGAAAUGUUUACAAUGGCUUUUUGACAGUUGCACGUUUGACUUGCUUUGAUUACUGUUAUGGUUUGUGGGAUCUUCAGUUUAUGGACACAUUUAAUUUACAUACAUGUAACUGAACUUCUUGUAAAUGACGAUGUGGAUUAAAGGGUUGUUGAGACAUGAUUCAGCCAACGACACAGAAGGCAUGCUGCAACGCUGCAGAGCGUCCUCUGUGGAAACCAUCUCUAAAGUGGUGACUCCUAGAGUCACAUGACACAUUAAAUCCAAACAUGUGCUGUGGGACUGUCCGUCAUGUCCUUAUAUCACUGAUAGCUGACAGUUACUUUUUAGCUGGAAAGGUGUUUUUUUUGCUAAAAAUAACUCCAGUGAGCGGAGGGAGCUUGGUUGGUUUAGGGUGUCUAGUUCAGGACAUCUUGUUUGGGAAUAUUUCCAACUUUUGGGUGAUGAUGAAUUUUAAUGUGUGUGACUCUGAAGCUUUGUUUUGAGAUGCAAAGCCAAAUUACUUAAAAGAUGUGCAUUAAGUACCCGACAAGAGAACAACUCCUCAUAUCUACUAAAGAAGCUCUUGUAAUAUGGCAAUUUCAUUUAAGAAAAAAGUAUGUUUAUGGGAAUUUUACACAUUUUCCACUACUAUCCCACAGUCUUAAGUUGGAUUAGUUAGAAAUCAUGUUGAAAAAUGAGUUGGCAUUUGAAACAGCGUAUUUGCAGCUCCGGCCAUUGUUCUUACCAUUCUUGCCAAUAACAUUCAACUUAACCAGUUUCUGCAAACGCCCCUGCCUUCUAUCAUAAAUCAGAGCAGACGGAUUAUUCACUGACGUCUGAACUACCCAUUUUUUGGGCAGAAAAGCUCAAUGACGGUGUCACCAAACUCAAUAAGUCAGAGGUUUAGGAUUAUCGAGGACUGAAAUAUUAGCUAUGCUCAUCUAUGCAUCCAACAUGCAUGUUGGUCAAGCGUCUGCCUCAAGGUCGGAAGGAAACAUAGUAAAGUUUACCAUAAAUAAUAUUUGAAGUAAGUUCUUGUAUUCUUCUGGAUAAAAUGUGUUGAGCAACUGUCCUUUCUGCCUUGUGCAUCCUCUGAGGUGCUGACUGCCAACUUCAGGAACUGGAUCAGUGUCAGCCAGUAUUCAGUUGUGCCAAAUGCAUCAGCAGCCGUGCAUAAAUGUGCAUAAAUGUGCAUAAAUGUGUCCAGUGACUGGCUGGUUGCUCAGCGCAGUGAAGAGACAGAGUGCUGUAUGGACGAAGCAGACCAUGCAUGUUUUUACUUGGUUUCAGGUUGGGUCUUUUUCAGGGCAGUUCAGCAUAACUUUAGUGUACAGAAGUGUAUUUAUUUAUACAUUAAUUUAUUUAUUUAUUUGAAUUUGUUUCUGUCACAUUUUUGGAAUUUAUCUGUCUGUGAUUUCGUUUAGUUUGGAAAUUUACUUCAAUUCUGGGAUGAAAAAAGCAUAUUAAAUUAUUAUCACAUUAUUAUUGUUAUUACUCCCCUAAGAUCUUCUAAUGAAUAUAUUCCUGAUGACGAUUAAUAUCAUUCAACAUUUAUAAACUUUCACAAUGCAUAAAAGCAUAUUUUCCUCUGUGCAAUCCUGUGUCAACUUUGUCUCGCCGUCUGUUCCCCUGAUGAGCAGCAGCUCAGCUGGAGCUGUUGACCGCCACAUCCCGAGUGUAUGAUGAGAGCAUAACUGUCACGGAUACCCAAAAGCAGCACAGGCAGGCAGGAUAUCAGGCAGUAAUGACCUUUAUUAUUCACUGCAGGCUUUAACAGUUUAUUCAGUGGCAGGGGGAAAAGUCUUGGCUCACAGUGAGCCUGGUGUCGCUGAUUGAAGGCAAAGCCAACAACAGGUCCAGUGGUGAGCUGUGUAGCCGCAGAGCCAGCAGGUGUGUAACCAGGAGGGAAUAGGUAAAACCUGUGGUGGAAGACAGAAGGCUGAGGUAAUUUCCAGGGCAGAGACGAGACAGGCGGGUCGGGGCCAGGCGAGGUCGUCAACAGGUGAUCAGUCUGGAGAAAACCGCUGGAAACUCAGGCAUGACACAAGAACAACCUGGCAUUGAAGCGACAACAGGAGCAGCGUAAAUGCAGCCAGGGCUGUCCCAGGUGUGGAGGCGGGGCCUGAUGGGCAGGGGUGGCCUGAUGGGCAGUCGGGCCUGAUGGGCAGGCGUGGCCUGAUGGGCAGGCGUGGCUAACAGGUAGAGGGGAGUGAAACAAGCAGACUGGACAAUAACACACCCGAGCUCAACCCCCGUUAUGGCCGAGCAAUGUUUACGCUCUCCAAAAGUGUGAUGAAGGGCAAAUUAUUGUAGAGUUCUGUGGAAGCUCAUAACUGACAGAACUAUUGAGCCUAACGUGAAUGUAAAAGAGAUGGCACCAGCAGGAGCUGUCUGUUGGUCUGCACAGCUCAAAGGUUCGUUGAGUGUUACAGAAUCAUGCUUUUUUGGCCAAGUCAGGUCAGACAAGACAUGGAAUUUGACUCGGUUAUUUUCACUCACUUUACAGUAAAUAGGCAAUAGACAAAUGGCAGCCCUUAUUAACAUAUCUACAACUUUUAAAAAGUGAAAGGUGCAGCAGUAAGAGGUAGACAUGUAGGCAGUGAUGUGACCCAUGAAAAGAAAAGAUCGUACCAUUUAGAAUUUACCACUCAUUUGAACGGGAAGAUAUGUCCAAACUUUUGACACGUCUAUAUAAACUUUAUAUGUAAGGCUUGAUAUGAUUUCUAACCAGAGCUAUUUUUUAGUGUGUGACCAACUUCUGAGUUCAACACAAGCUGGUUUUGGCAGAUACGAUUCUGUCUAAGGUUGAAAGAAUUGAAGAUAUUAAAAAAAAAAACACACAUGAAAUGUGACUUUUUUUGUUUUAGCUAAGUUGGCAGUUUUUUCAUCCAUAGCUGCUCUUUCCUGUAUAUGGGGGUCUCCUGCAGACUAUCCUAAGUGUCUUUUACAGGGUUGCCCUCUGGAUGGUCUUCAACCCUGGUCCUCGGGACCCCUGUCCUGCAUAUUUGAGAUAUUUUC